AUGGAAGGUCCGCCAAUGGAAAUUGAGCUACAGCAUGAUUCUAAGCCUUCCUGUGUGUACACUGCUCGACCAAUGCCGUAUGCGUUCCGUGAUCAGAUCAAGACUCAGCUCGACGGCAUGGUCAGCGACGGGAUUAUUGAACCAGUGACGGAGCCCAGUGAAUGGUGCCAUCCGAUUGUCAUAGUAGACAAGAAGGGCAGCACUGAGAAGCGCCUCACAGUUGACUUCAAGCGGCUGAACGACCAAGUCCGUCGUCCCGCGCAUCCCGUACAUACGGCACGUGACGUUGUCUCUGGAGUUGGCUCUGCUAAGUUCUUUACGAAGCUCGAUGCAAGGCACGGCUACUGGCAGAUUCCUCUCAGUGACACUGCUCAGGAAUUCACCACGUUCAUCACCCCGUACGGCAGAUAUCGUUAUCUACGGAACCCGCAGGGUCUAAUAUCUGCUGGGGAUGAGUUCAACCGGCGCACUGAUGCUGCGUUCUCUGCCAUCCCGCGUCUCGGCAAGGUAGUCGAUGAUUGCCUAGCGUACGACGACGACUUUCUGUCGCAUGUCAGCCACGUGCGCGAGAUUUUGCUCUGCGCCAGGGAGCAUGGUAUCACGUUCAGCCCCGCCAAGUUUGUGUUCGGUACGCAACGUGUCCAUUUCUGCGGCUACAACGUCACGCCUGAUGGCUGGGUCGUCGACGAUGAUAAGACGUCCGGUAUUCGCCAGUUUCCAGUACCCGCCAACAGAACUGAUCUCCGUUCGUUCCUCGGUCUAGUGAACCAAUGUGGCGAGUUCACUCCACAUCUAGCCGAGUUGACCAAUCCUCUGCGUGGCCUGCUCAAGACCUCCCGUGAGUUCAUGUGGGACGUUAGCCACACUGCAGCGUUUGAACGGACACAGGAAGCUCUCUUGUCUCCUCCGGUUCUCGCAUUCUAUCAAGUUGGUCAAGACCUCCGGCUUGAAACCGAUGCAUCCGCUCUAAGAGGUCUCGGAUUCGUGCUUUGGCAAAAGCAGAAUGAUCAGUGGCGUAUUAUUCAGUGUGGAUCCCGCUACCUGUCUGAUGCUGAAACACGUUAUGCUGUCAUCGAGUUGGAAAUGCUCGCUGUAGUAUGGGCCGUGCGCAAAUGCCGCAUCUACCUGUCUGGUGCGCCAUUUGAAGUCGUCACCGACCACAAGCCCCUGAUUCCGAUCAUCAACUCAUAUUCGUUGGAUCAGAUCGAGAACCCGCGUCUUCUACGAUUACGCCUCAAGCUCCAAGCCUAUCAGCUGCAGGCAUCUUGGCGAAAAGGUUCUGAAAAUGCCUUCGCCCAUGCGCUGUCCCGGAAUCCUGUUGGCAUUCCUUCCACCACUGAUGAGCUUGGUGAAGCCCCGUCGCUUCAUUGCCGCAGCAUUCAGAUCUGCAUGGUGUACUCGGACACUGAGCCGAAUGCGAAUCUCAAAGUUGCAGAGCUGCGGGAAGCUGCAGCUGCAGAUGCCACGUACCAGUCAUUGAUUGAGUGUAUCUUGACUGGAUUCCCUGAUCGCCAGCAGAAGUUGCCUGCUCCGUUACGUGCGUACUGGAAUGGACGUGAGCAUCUCUCCGUCGACCAUGGCAUUGUGUUGAAGGGCAACCGCAUUGUUGUUCCUGAAUCAUUGCGUGCUCAGGUAUUGCACAACCUCCACGCUUCACACCAAGGCCUAGUGCGUACUAAGUCUCGUGCGCGUCAGCUUGUAUACUGGUCCGGUUUCACCAAGGACAUUGAUACACUCGUUCGUUCUUGUCCUGCUUGUCGCGCACACCAGUCGUCCCAGCCAGCUGAGCCCCUGCUGAACGACCGCACCCCAACACUAUCGUUUGAAUGUGCAUCUGCCCAUUUGUUCACUUGUCAAGGUCACGACUUCCUUGUGUAUGCAGAUCGUUUGACCGGUUGGCCCUGUGUCGCGCGCACUGGCCGCAUCACCUCAUCGCAUGACGUGAUACUCGCAUUCCGUCGCUGGUUCUCUGAUGUUGGUGUUCCUGCUGUGCUGUGUACAGAUGGUGGUCCCCAGUUCUCCUCGCAUAAGUUUGCUGAGUUUUGUAAGCGCUGGCAGGUAAACCAUGUCAUGUCCUCUCCCCACUACCCACAGAGUAAUUGGCACGCCGAAGCUGCUGUCAAAGCCAUGAAGCGUCUUAUCACCAAGACAACCGUGAAUGGCAAUCUUGACACAGAUGACUUCCGCCGAGGGCUACUGGAAUGGCGAAACACAUCUGGCUCCUCUGGUCAGAGCCCCGCUGAGCUCCUAUAUGGCCGCUCUCUCCAGUAA